UGUAGCAAGAGUUGGGCUGGGCAAUUGCACAUUCACACAGCCCGGGCGUCGUGCGACUGCGAGCUGCUAGCGUGCCGGGGAUGCCUGUGGCGGCCGGCGGCGGCGGGGGAGCUAAAGCGGCGGUGGCAGAGCAGAUAGCGCAGGCGGUGCAGUCCACCUCCAACCUUCUCCAGCUCAUGGAGCAGUCCUCCCCCGCGCAGGUUCACUUGGCCAAACUUCCCAAGAAUCUCUUGGCAAAAGCAUCAUUUGCAAAGAACACAGAGCAGGUGCUACACCAACUGCCUCAAGUAAUUUCUUCCUUGGAUGCUUAUAUGGAUAGGAGUUUGCAAAGUGCAUCUCAAAUUAAGACUGUCACACAGCUCUUGUCAAACAUGGAGAACACUCAGCUGAGAUCCAUCUUGCCUUCCACUCAGAUGAAGAAAGAUAUCAAGAAUACUGAACCUGAAGAACUCAGGGUUGAAUGAUGUGUUUGCAGAGAUGUAACCGGAGGCUUGUUUUCUCAGUCAUUCUGAUGAAGUUUGGGUACCUUGGUUUUGGAGGUGACUUGAGAAGUAACUGGCAAAAGGAUACAUUGCUGCUUACUGAUUGUUCAUUUGCUCAAUUUGGUUCGGCAAUGGUGUAACUACUCUUCAGGUGCCAUGUGUUUGCUGCGCUUUCUGGGUCUGUAGCAAUCAUGUUUUUAUGUAAUUGCAUUAGUAGCUUUUAUAAGAAAAUUGAGUUGUAUAUUGAGCUCCCCUUUCAGGAUUAAGAAAAUAAGCGAUGAAACGUUUACUGUGGCACUGCUCUCUUAAACAUUAUUGGAUUUA